AUGGUCCUCGUUGUUACUGUAAAUAGUGCCUUCACGGGAGGCUGGGCUGCAUAUCUUGUUCGUUAUCACAUCCCCCGAGUUAAACACAUUGGGCAUUACAGCGCUGAGGCCCAACAUACGCCUCAUAAACACUCCUCCAUCGCCAGGUCACUGUGGCUGUGGGAAUAUGUAAUUCCUCCCACACCUGACGCCGCGGCCGCCCACACCCAACGCCGCCGCGGCCGCCCACACCCGACGCCGCCGCGGUCGCCCACACCCGACGCCGCCGCGGUCGCCCACACCCGACGCCGCCGCGGUCGCCCACACCCGACGCCGCCGCGGUCGCCCACACCCGACGCCGCCGCGGCCGCCCACACCCGACGCCGCCGCCGCGGCCGCCCACACCCGACGCCGCCGCCGCGGCCGCCCACACCCGACGCCGCCGCCGCGGCCGCCCACACCCGACGCCGCCGCGGCCGCCCACACCCGACGCCGCCGCAGCCUCCCACACCCGACGCCGCCGCGGCCGCCCACACCCGACGCCGUCGCGGCCGCCCACACCCGGCGCGGCCGCCCACACUCGACACAGGUGCCGCCGCUCAGGAGAGUGGCGCCGCUCAGCAUGGGAAGUGGCGCCGCUCAGUCUUCAUCAGACCCACGCCACACCUCACCUCUCAGCAUCAGACCCACGCCACACCUCACCUCACAGCAUCAGACCCACGCCACACCUCACCUCUCAGCAUCAGACCCACGCCACACCUCACCUCUCAGCAUCAGACCCACGCCACACCUCACCUCACAGCAUCAGACCCACGCCACACCUCACCUCUCAGCAUCAGACCCACGCCACACCUCACCUCUCAGCAUCAAACCAAGCCACACCUCACCUCUCAGCAUCAGACCCACGCCACACCUCACCUCUCAGCAUCAGACCCACGCCACACCUCACCUCACAGCAUCAGACCCACGCCACACCUCACCUCUCAGCAUCAGACCCACGCCACACCUCACCUCACAGCAUCAGACCCACGCCACACCUCACCUCUCAGCAUCAGACCCACGCCACACCUCACCUCUCAGCAUCAGACCCACGCCACACCUCACCUCACAGCAUCAGACCCACGCCACACCUCACCUCUCAGCCAUCAGACCCACGCCUCACCUCAAAUCUCAGCAUCAGACCCACGCCACACCUAUCAGCAUCAGACCCACGCCUCACCUCUCAGCAUCAGACCCACGCCACACCUCACCUCUCAGCAUCAGACCCACGCCACACCUCUCAGCAUCAGACCCACGCCACACCUCUCAGCAUCAGACCCACGCCACACCUCUCAGCAUCAGACCCACGCCACACCUUACCUCUCAGCAUCAGACCCACGCCACACCUCACCUCUCAGCAUCAGACCCACGCCACACCUCACCUCUCAGCAUCAGACCCACGCCACACCUCUCAGCAUCAGACCCACGCCUCACUUCACCUCUCAGCAUCAGACCCACGCCACACCUCUCAGCAUCAGACCCACGCCUCACCUCUCAGCAUUAGACCCACACCUCGCCUCACCUCUCAGCAUUAGACCCACACCUCACCUCACCUCUCAGCAUUAG